AUGAGCAAAUCGAUCUUUAUAGCUUGUGUCGUUGCAAUCACCAUUUUAACAUCAACUUUAAAUGUCAAGACAGUGCAUAGUUUAAUGCCGUGUCAAGAAGCAUUGACUGUUUUUAAACCAUGCUUGGCGUACCUUCAUGCAUCUCCUGGUGUUAAACCGACACCAGAAUGUUGCAAAGGCUUAGACAACAUAAACCGGGGUGCUAAAACGUAUGACGAUCGUCGAGAUAUGUGGAAUUGUUUAUCGAGUGCAGCACCCGAUCCUAACAAGCUUGUCACUUUGCCUCAAUUGUGUGGUGUCACUUAUUCGCACCUAAUUGGUCCAAAAUUUGAUUGUAAUAGGUAA